GUGAAGUAACAUUUAACCUCGGCAAGGCGCAGACGCGAGUGCACAUUCUUCGUCGGUUUACUUUCUCGAGGCUGACGCUACGGUAUUUCGAGGGGGGAAGGAGGGAGUGCACGGAAUGGAGGAGCAUGUUGUCGUGCCUUUCAGUGUACGUGUAAGCGAAGUCUUUCUUGCGCUUUAGAGCGUAAUUGUAGUACCACGCAAGGAUUCUUCGCCUGAAUGAAAUACGACGACAAAAAAACGGAUGGAGUAUGUAUAAUUUAUAGACUGUUGCUAGCUUGCUACAAUGCAGUAAAAUGCACAGUAGCUAUCAUGUUCUGAUCAUCUGUGACUGUACUCUGAAGAGUACAUGCAGUCAAAGCUACUGCGUACCUUAACUGCGACCCGACGUCGGACAUUAUGGGUUAGGACAUCGCAGUUACUUAAGAUACUUUAUUUAAAAUUUGAUUAAUAACACCAUAGAGAUUACCUACAGUGCGAGAUGGAUUCAAUUUUGCUCGCGUCCUGAUUGUUCUUGUGUUCUGUCGUUGCUCAGCCUUGUUUGGAAGAUGUCCUAUCUCGGAUAGAAACAGAGUGCAUGUGGUCUGGUUGCACACAGACAUCGUGUUCUCUCUUAUGGAAAAUGUAUGUUUAACGCACAAAACAAGUUUAAUGCAUCGUGACUGUCCUGUCACGUUUAUGCGGGGAAACGUAAGCGAAACGCUGGACGUCUUAUGUCAAGUGUGACACACUACAGUCUUAUUUACCGUGCUUGUUAACGUUCACUGUGAUUACAACACGCACACAUGGAUGAAUCCCGGAAUCGGUUCUGCCUUGGCUGGACCCGUGCUCGCUGUCAGGACAACGGUUCUGACCCGGAGCGGGAGAAACGAUGGGCCGAACUGUUCGAUCAGCUGGACCUUAAUAAGGACGGGCGGAUCGACGUUCAUGAGCUACGGACAUGGUUGACUGCCCGAGGACGACCGCGGAGUGCUGUGGAGGAGCAGAUUGUGCGGGAGGGAGACACCAAUCAGGAUGGGGAGCUGGACUUUGAGGAGUUCAUCCGGUACCUGCGCGCCCAUGAGAAAGCUCUGCGGCUCAUGUUCCGCAGCCUGGACCGCAACAAUGAUGGUGAAAUAGACGUGUGGGAGAUCCAGCAGUCUCUGCACAAACUGGGGGUGACCAUCACCACAGACCAGGCUGCAAAGAUAAUGCAGAGUAUUGACAAGGACGGCACCAUGACCAUCGACUGGAACGAGUGGCGGGAUCACUUCCUUUUCAACCCCAUCCACAACAUUGAGGACAUCGCCCGCUACUGGAAACACUCUUUUAUGUUGGACAUCGGGGAGAACAUGACCGUGCCUGAUGACUUCACCGAGGAAGAGAAGAAGUCCGGGGUGGUGUGGAGGCAUCUGAUGGCGGGGGCGAUGGCGGGGUCGGUGUCCCGCACGGGCACCGCCCCCCUCGACCGCAUCAAGGUGUUCUUGCAGUGCAGUGUGGACGUGCUGCAGGUGUACGGCUCCACCUCGGGCAGGAUGAAGCUGUGGAGCGGCCUGAGGAGCAUGGUGGGAGAGGGGGGCCUCAGUGCCCUGUGGAGGGGCAACGGCAUCAACGUCCUCAAGAUCGCCCCGGAGACCGCCAUCAAGUUCAUGGCCUACGAGCAGUUUAAGAAGCUUAUUCGCGGUGGGAAAGAGGGAGCAUCUCUGCAGGUCCAGGAGAGAUUUGUUGCAGGGUCGCUGGCUGGAGCCACUGCUCAGACUGUCAUCUAUCCCUUGGAGGUUCUGAAGACCCGACUCACCCUGCGUAAGACGGGACAGUACUCUGGGUUAACAGACUGUGCCAUACAGAUCCUUCGAAAAGAGGGGGUGCAGGCAUUCUACAAGGGUUAUUUGCCCAAUGUGCUGGGCAUCAUUCCCUACGCGGGCAUCGAUCUAGCUGUCUACGAGACUCUGAAGAAUGCCUGGUUGCAGCAGCACAGCACAGACAGCUCUGCAGACCCUGGGGUUAUGGUGUUGGUGAGCUGCGGCACCUUGUCCAGCACCUGCGGCCAGCUGGCCAGCUACCCGCUGGCUCUGAUCCGAACCCGCAUGCAGGCCCAGGCCUCUUUGGUGGGAAGUCCCCAGUUGUCCAUGCUGGGUCAGUUCAAGGUGAUUGUGUCUCAGGAGGGACUACCGGGACUGUAUCGUGGGAUUGUCCCAAACUUCCUGAAGGUCAUUCCAGCUGUCAGCCUCUCCUACGUGGUGUACGAGAACAUGAGGAGGGCCCUGGGAGUGGGCCCAUGAGUGGGAGGGAGAGAGUGAGGACUUUGGGGGGACAACCCAGCGGAGCAGAGGAAACAUGGCGGAGAAACAAUGCAACAGGAGAGGACAGGUGGCUAUAGUCACGGGGGAAUGGAGAGAGGGGUAAAGGGAGAGAUUGCAGGUCAGAGGAUUUCAUACCGUUGGGCAAACCUGCAGCAGUACAAAGGAUAAACCUAAUUCAAGCCAAAGCGUGGGAAUUGGUGCCAGGUGUAACAUUAUUCAAUGACCUGUUUUACUGGAUUUCUUUUACAUUGUUCAGAUUUCACUGACAGAAAGCUCCCCCAUUGUUUUAAUGUGUUUUUGUUACGUCUGUAUGCCUAAAUGGUUUGAUUAAUUCAUACUACGUUAUCUAGGUAGAGAGAAGAACAAAGUGAAACAAAGAAACAACAUGAUGACAUGUAACGUUGAUGCAUGGUAGGCCUUCAGUAGUACUGUGUACGGUCAGUUUAGUGUCAUUGUGUGUAUGCACGAUAGGAUUGCUCAGGCAAGUGCCAAAGCAGUGGUGUGGCCAAGGAUCCACCAGGAGAGACUGGUCAGAUUACCACAUACGUGACCUGAUUUUGACAGCCUAACAGUAAGGAAGUGUCUAAAAAAAGAAGGCUAUUGCAUUUGUAAUAUGAAGCAGCAGCAGCUGUGGGUCAGGUUUUCUAGCAAAGGAAAAUACCCUUUCACUUUCAUGAAAAGGGGUGGCUCUUAAAUUGAGGAGUCUUGAAUGCUCUUUGUACACUCUUAUGGGAGGAGUAAUACAUUUAAAGACACCUCCCAUUCUAGUGCACAGGCUAGAAGCCAUGUGGUAAUUUCACUCCUUACCCAUUUCAGUGCCUGGGUAUAACUGCAAUACUCUGUUCACUAAGAGUUCCAGUGAUAUCACAAUAGCAUUCAAUGAACAAACCAUUUAGUGUCCUACAUCAUUUUUUCAUGUAAUCCUUUAAUGAUUUUUUGAAGUUGAAAUUGUUGGGUGUGAGAGUCUUCCUUCCAUCCCUUUGACUGCUAUAGGAGACUGAAGCUUAAUAGAGUGAUGAUGUACACUCACAGCACCAAACUGGUGGUUUGCAUCAAACAAGUUCUUCUUUGUGAAACUGAUUGCUCUUAAGAUUGCAAUCACAGUAGACCAUUGUGCCUUUACUACUGAGAGACCAUACAAGUUACUGACACAUACCUGGAAAAUGGAAUUGUCCUUGACUCCACAGAAAUACAACAUAUAAACAGACAAGUAGACUGAUGCAGUCCAAAAACAUGGCCAAUUAAAGCAAAGAGAAUGUAGUGUUAAAGCAAGGAGUGAUCCGAAACACUGUUACAAAAGCACUGCAACAUUCAUUUGUUCAAUUGUUCGUUCAUUCAGUUUAGACAAUCAGUCAAAUAAUGAUUUUACAGGUAAGAGUUUCUGGCUGUAAAUGAU